AUGUCACUCAAUGAAGACUUGGAGGCACUUAAUUCUCUUGAGAAAGAGGCGUCGGAAUUUACAAAAGAUUCAGAAAUUGACCGCAUUAGAAACGCUUUCCAACUCGAUGCAUAUGCUGUUCUCGACCUCCAGCCUGGCAUCACAGAAUCUGACAUCAAGAUUCAGUACCGGAAAAAGUCGCUCCUAAUCCACCCCGACAAGACCUCCAAUCCCCUUGCGCCUGAUGCAUUCGACCGCCUCAACAAAGCGCAAACCCUCCUUCUUGACGAAAAAGCUCGCGCCAACCUAGACGAAUGCAUAUCCGACGCCCGGCGGCUUCUCAUACGUGAACAUAAAUACAAUCUAGAUUCCCCAGAGCUCAAAACGGAUGAGUUUAAAAAGGAGUGGCGUAAAAAGACUGUGGAAGUGCUUCUAGAAGAAGAGGCAAGGCGGCGGAGACAGCUGAAAGCAAAGUUACAGGAGGAAGGAAGAGAAAGAAGGAAAGAGGAGGAGGAGUUGGAAGCAAGGAAGCGAAAGAGGGAAGACGAGAAGGCGUGGGAAGAGACCAGAGACAGUAGGAUAGGGAGCUGGAGAGACUGGCAGAAAGGGCAGAAGGGCAAGGGUGAAAAGGAGCCAGGGAAGAAGAAAAAGAAAAUGAAAGUCCUUGGUUGA